ACUAAUUUUCAAAUUGAUGCACCACUUCGUUUUGUACUUAUUAUUCCUUCAACUGAAAUCGCCAUCUAGAUCUCCAAUUAGACGCUUUUUGGUAUCAUCUUCUCUGUGUAUCUCUCUAUUGAUAUUUUCAAUUACAAGACCUGCUAUACACAUUUAUGACGUCUCAAGAGCAAAGUCGGCCAUUGCCCAAAUUCGGUGAAUGGGAUGUGAAUGAUCCAGCCUCAGCUGACGGAUUCACAGUAAUAUUUGCAAAAGCUAGAGAUGAGAAAAAUGGCACCAGUACUUCUGCCAAUUCUGCACCACCAGCAUCACCAAGGACUGAAGCUGCAUCCCCACAAAAUGACUCUUAUCACCAAGAUCCAAUGGCUCUGACAGAGUUAUUGGAGAGCAACCGCAGUAGGACUUCCAGCUUCAGCAAUGUCAGCAAGUGCCACUACUCCGGACUUGCUAUCUUUUGGUACUUUUAAGUUAAUGUAAUAUAUGUUUGUAUGUACAUUCUUAGAGGCUCAUAGACAUAGUGGCUUAUGUAGAUGCUUUGUAUGGCCUUGCCGACCUUGCCUAGGUUGUGAUAUUUUCUUGUAAGCCUUGCUGACUUCAUGAUACUCGUGAUGUUAUAGCGAUCUUGUCGGUUCGCAUAUGUACAUAUAUAUUGGAUUAUUAGAUAUUUAUAUGU